AGGUGUCAUUGAUUUGCCCUUCAAGUGACAUCUAGAUAUCCACAGUUAUCAGUUACCCUCAACGUUUAAAAGCGAUCGCUAAAUUGCUUGUCUUGUUGGCGUAUAUCGAGUGUUUCAGGAAGUAACGCAACAUGUCUAACAUUGGUAUAAAUGGUUUUGGUCGAAUUGGGCGUUUAGUUCUACGCGCCGCAGUUGAACGCGGUGCUAAAGUAGUUGCCAUCAAUGAUCCUUUCAUUGAGUUGGACUAUAUGGUAUAUUUGUUUUUGUAUGACUCCACUCAUGGUCGUUUUAAAGGAGAAGUGAAAGCCGAAGGCGAAUUUUUAGUCGUCAAUGGAAACAAGAUUCAUGUUUUCUCUCAACGCGACCCGGCUGCUAUACCUUGGGCGAAAGCAGGAGCUCAAUAUAUUGUAGAAUCUACGGGAGUUUUUACUACAACUGAAAAAGCUUCAGCUCAUUUAGUCGGAGGAGCAAAGAAGGUCAUCAUUUCAGCUCCUAGUGCAGAUGCACCAAUGUUUGUUUGUGGUGUUAACUUAGAAGCUUAUGACCCGUCCAUGAAAGUUGUAUCUAAUGCUUCUUGCACUACCAAUUGUUUAGCUCCUUUGGCUAAAGUUAUUCAUGAUAACUUUGAAAUCGUUGAAGGUCUUAUGACUACAGUCCAUGCUACCACAGCCACCCAAAAGACUGUGGAUGGGCCUAGCGGUAAGUUAUGGCGAGAUGGGCGUGGAGCUGCACAAAAUAUUAUACCUGCCGCAACUGGCGCUGCUAAGGCUGUAGGCAAAGUCAUUCCGGCUUUGAAUGGUAAGCUUACUGGUAUGGCGUUUAGAGUACCAAUAGCAAACGUUUCUGUGGUUGAUCUUACUGUAAGAUUGGGUAAAAAUGCAACUUAUGAAGAUAUCAAGAACAAAGUUAAGGAGGCAUCUGAAGGCUACUUGCAUGGAAUUUUGGAUUAUACAGAAGAUGAUGUUGUGUCUGCUGAUUUCAUUGGUGAUACACACUCAUCGAUCUUUGAUGCUAAAGCAGGAAUCCAAUUGAAUGAUAACUUUGUCAAGCUCAUUUCGUGGUAUGAUAAUGAGUUUGGUUAUUCAAACCGUGUGGUUGAUCUUAUUAAAUACAUGCAGAGCAAGGAUUAA